AUGAAGGAAAGAAAGUCGACUGAUAGAGCGGCUUCCAUCUCAUCCACAUUCUCAAUGUCUAUCUCACCCCUAUCGCGGUUCACCUCAUCCACGACACAACCUGCACUCGAGGAGCUCAAGUUGUCCAACAUUCUAAAUGGCGAGACAUGUCCUCCUAUAUCAUUUAUUGAUUUUGCAACCUUCGUAGCGAACAAGGAGUUUACGACCGAGAACCUGCUGUUCAUACUUUGGUACAGGAGUUACAAAACUAGGUUUGAUAAAUUGGAAUCGAAGGAAAAAGAAAGUAUACCCAUACCUAGUAACAGACUGGGUGAUAGAUUCGAUCCUUAUGGAUAUUUAGAUCGACCAGUGGACGAACAGAAUUCCAAAACGGAUCAGCAACAGCAACACCAGGAAGCACCGGUACUUUUCAGUGAACCGUUCAGAAGUAGGAGUGCGUCAUCUUCGAAUAAACAAGUUCAAAUUGCCCAACAUCAACAUCAACAGCAGAAUUGUCCACAUCCAACCUCAACAUGCUAUUGCGCUGAUAACAAUAGACCCGCGUCGAACUGUCGACGGACCAGUAGGUUAUUGUCUAUAACUCAUUCGUUGUUGGGUUCAAGACGUCCAUCGUCCACUUCACACUCCCACGAGAAUAGCCCCUUACGAUCGAUCUUACAUCAAAAACCCUAUCCACCUUUACCACCUGCCGGAACAGUGUUUGCUGAACCUUCCCAACAACCGAUGAGGGAAGAAGUUCAGAGAGCCUUUGCAACGUUUUUGAGGAAAGGAGGAAGUAGAGAAUUGAGUGUAAGUGAUGAACUGAGGGAAUACACAAAACUUUGUUUGGCCAAGAGUACGGCACCGGAAGUUUUUCUACCCCUGUACGAAGAGAUAUACCAUACCGUCGAGACCCAGAGUUUACCUCAUUUCCUCCAACAUGCCAGGAGCAACAUCAAUCGUCCGAAACAAGUCUUCUGGUAUAUGGUCGGUGCCGCAGAUUUCGCAUUCGGAGCAGUGAUAUACCUCCUUCUCACUCUACUUCUUCCUGCCCAUCCUUUCGGUCAUCGAGCUUGGCGGUUGUUCUCAAUCAUCUUCGUCGCCUUUGGAGCCAUGCAGGCUUACUCUGCCUACCGGGGAUUCUGCUCUCAAGUAUGGGGAAGAUCUCACCGACAGGUCAGACCUUGGGAAAUGGAUGAUCUAGAUGACGAAGAGACAUUAGUAGAAAGUACAGCUGGUAACGAAUCGGAGCUAAAAAAUGAGUCGUAUCUCGUUGAACCGGUACCUUCCAUCAACCGCAAAGAAAUACUCAUCAGUCUACCGGAUGAAGUUCGACCAUUAGCUGAUUUAGGUGGGACUGCCAGUAUACCUUCAGAGGAAGGCGAAGAUCUGAUGAUCAAGGAGGAAGGUGUAAGCUCAUUCUCGAAAUCCGAUUCGAUCACCGUCGCUUUACCCGUUUUAGAAGAUAAGGCCAUGGUUACCCUUAUGGAGAAUGACAAAGAGAUGACGGAGGCUGAGAAGAGACAGUCUGAGAUUAGAAGAUCAACUGUCAAAGUGCCAACCGCAUCUGAGGCUUUCCCCAUUGCAGACGAUAUGUAUGCCGGUAUGGUCUCGUCGAAUGCUUAUAGAACGAAUACCAAAUCAAUCAGGGUGGAUACCAAAAGACAGAGAAAGGAGAUAUCACCUUUUAUCACGGAUGAACCGAUUUUCCCUUCUUCUGCUUCAUCCGUCAGAGGAUCAAUCACCAAUUCAAUUCCUCUAACACGUACGAAAUCUCGGUUACACUCUAUGACCAGUCAAAGAGCGAAUAAGGAGAUAUCCAAUAUCCUCUUGAAACUCAGACGAUCAACGGUAGAUUCGCCCGAAGAUGAAUACCUAGAUCCACUAGCUUCGACAUCAUCUCCUUCCACGAGGAACCAUAAAUUGAGAUCUAGGAGAUUAAGCAGAAAGGAACGAAAGGAAAAGCCAAAGAUAUUUGGUCCAGAGAAGCUGGUUGAGGAUCCACGGAUCAAGAGGGUAUAUAGUGAGAUCAAAAGAGAUAUAUUGAUUGUAGGUAGUUUGGUAGCUUCUGUUUGGAUCGUACUCUGCUUGGCGGUUCCUUGUGCUGGAUUGGCUUCGUAA